AUGGAUACUAUUUCAUCUAUAAACAAGUUAAGAUCGCAAUUCCUUCAGAUCGCUUCCGAAAAGGAUCAGUUUAGAAGGAUUAUAAAACCAUAUACAACAGAUGCUGAAGCUGAUUUUAAUGACCUGGAUCCAAAAAUCAAGGAAAUGUACACAUCUCUUAAUGGCAAUAAUGUACUUGUCAAUUUAUCAUCACCUCCGAUCUCAAAAGCAUUCAUCGACAGCUAUCAGUCAGUGAGUUAUCGAAGAGUUAGAACAAGAAGUAACACAAAAUUGAAGGAUAAAACACGAGAAUAUGUAGAUGGUAUUAUAAAUGAGGAAAGUAAUAGCAACCCAGAUAAUAAUAUGGCUGGCAUAAGUAACAUAGGCAACGAAACUAUCAGUAAUAAUAAAAAUUUUACAAUUCUAUCCCAUUCAACAACGGAAGAUGGGAAUGUUAAAUCGAGUAAUGAUGGUACAAUAAACAAUCUAUCACCUAUUUAUAAUAACACUUCAACUUCUGUUAGAACUUUAAAAUCUGAUCUUACAUCUUUGAAUGAAGAAGCUACAACGAAAAUUGCAAGAAAAUCUACAUUGCGUUUAGCUAGGCUUUUUAUAGGUAAGAAAGAUGGUAGUGAAACAAGUCAAAACGAUAUUAUGAACACAGAAAAUUUAAACCAGACAACUGGUACAGAAUCAAGGCAUAGUGAUAAACCUAGAAAAGGCAGUACCAGCCAUAAUCUACAUCAAUAUAAAUCUAGUAUUUUCGAUAUGAAUUUUGACUAUGAUGAGAACCAAGAUGAGGAGGAUGAAGAAGAUGACGAUGAUGAUGAUGAUGGAAUAACAGAUAGUGUUGCACAUGCUAAAUUUUUCAGAAUGAAUAACCCUUCAUAUAACAAAAUUGAUGAUGAAUUGAAACAAGGAUAUGAUAGUAAUGGCAGCAUCAGUACAGUUCCUACUGAUGGAAAUUUGGGUCAUAAUAAUCCUAUAAUAUCUACUACAAAUCAUAUUUCUAAAAGAAUUUCUCAUUUUCCACAAAAUGUUAUGACGAGAGGUAAUAACUCUUCUGAUGUUAAAAGUAAUUCUUCAAAGUUAGAUAAAAAUAACACUUCGAAAACUGCUAAAAAAGGAGAUGAGACUGGUUUCGUCGAAGGCAGUAGCAUAACUGACGAUAGUUCUAUUCCUAUUCUUAAAAAUUCUGAUCUAGAUGAUGAUAAUGAUUUAUCUGAUAUUGAUUCUUAUUUAAAUGAACAAGAUUUAGCAAAUAUUGCUAUGGGCAAUACAGAUGACCAAUCAUUAAUUUCAAGAAAUUCGUAUAAGUACAAUUCUGAAGUAGACAUAACCAAGUCAGAUAGCAAUAUUGACCGACCAAAAAAUGUGCCUGAUGACACUUAUCUUACUAAGAGUGAACUUCCAGACGAUGACCAAUCGUCGUAUGGUAAAUCUUUACUAUUUUCUGAUUAUAGUACAGAUGCAUUUGGAGAUAAUAGAGAAGCUAUGACAAACAUUAAUUCAUUUAGGAGUUCCAAUAUGGUGCCAAACAUUAGAAGUUUAUCAUAUGACGAUUAUAGAUUACUUCAUGCUCCUGAUGAUUCCGCUCUUGAUUUUUCUCUGGGUAGGGCAAUUUCAAAUAUGUCAGAUAUUAAAUUACACUAUUCUAAUGAUAUACGUGAUGGAGAUGUUGUCAGGGAUUUUGGUUCUAAAAGUGUUUCCAGUAGACAUUCGUCGAUUACUUCAAUGCUCUCAAAGCAGCCUAGCAAUGUGGGUAUUGGGAAAUCUGAGAAUAAAAUUUAUAGCAGACCUUUUAGAAAAGUGUUCAAAGAUGUUGAUAUAACUGAAAGAAGAAUUAAAAGGGAUGCAAGCGAUAUCACUGCUUCCACACUCUCUAAAAGUUCUCUUACUAGUAGGCGUGGUUCUGUUAUAAAUAAUAUAUUGAGUUUUGAGAAAGACACUAAUUUUCAUCCACAAACACCAAGGGACUCAGCAUUGUCUCAAAUAUUUAAGAAAAAACAGGAAAAAACUAAAGAUUUUUUGGAAUCAUUGAAAUAUUUUUCUUUCGUAUGUGGGAAAGGGCUACCUAGUAGUGAAAAUUUUAAACUUAAAAUAUAUAUUCAAACUUCUCAACAAUAUAAAAGGAGCCCCUUUGAGGUGUUUGUUAAGACAACUGCUACUGUAUUCGAGGUUAUUGGAUUUAUAUUAUAUCUCUAUUCCACUGAAUUAAAACCUAAAGUGUUUCCAGAGGAGAAACUACCUCUAACCUUUAUACAGGAUCCUAAUAACUUUUCUCUUCAUAUAGUUGAUGAGGACGGUGAUCCUCUGGAAGAUAACUUUGGUAAAUUAUCAAGAACAAAAAUAAUAAAUACGAUUUCAGAUAAUGAAGUUGUUUUGUGCCCAUGUGAUGAAAAUGAAAAGGCAGCAAAUGAAUUUGAAACUCCUCUACCAUAUAACUUAGAAAAUAAGUCAUCUAUUAGUUCUUUGAAUGAGGCAAGUAUAGUUUCGACAAAGACGCAUUCGAAUGAAAACACGAUAAAUCAAUUAAGUUAUUAUACCCCCAUUGUUGGAAAUAGUUCUAAUUUAAAAGAAUCUGAUUCAUCAAACAAAUUGAAUAUUAAAGUAUAUUUAUAUCCAAAUAUAAAUCCUAAAUUUAAUUUUACAAUAAUUGUAGUUUCCGUUACGUCAAACAUCAAUGAUAUACUGGUUAAAUAUUGCAGAAUGAAAAACAUGGAUCCGAACUUAUAUAUGCUAAAAAUUCCGUCAAAGAAUUUGAUUCUUGAUCUUAAUGAUACUGUGUUAAGACUUGAUGGUAACCAUGCAGUUGAAAUUAUUUCAAAACGUGAGGCCCGUGAGCUACGCCUAGAGAAAAUAAAACCAAAUAUGAAAAAACCAGUAUUGCCAACUAUACAAAGUAACGAUUUAACACCACUAACAUUGGAUCAACAAAAUGCUUACUUAAAACCAGAUUCGCCAGUCGAAAAGGUUGGUGAAAAAAGUACAGUUUUAUCUAAAAAGUCUCAUAAAUUUAAGAAGUCUUCUAAAUAUAAAUUGAGUUUAUCUAAGCAAAAUGGAGAUUCUAAUCUACUGUCGCGCUCUGGAAGCUUUACAGGCGGUAAGAAUUUCUUUAAGUCUUCAAAUUCCUCAAAAUCAUCACUCCAUGGGUCUCUUCCAUACUUCCAAGGUGGAAAAUCAGGGCCUGAUCUUGAUGACUAUGCUGGAGAAGCUGAGGGACAUUAUCAAGACUUAGUGUCUGGUGCAUAUCAUAAAUAUAGAGUAUGGAGAAGACAACAAAUGUCACUAAUAACCAAACAUGAAAGAACAUUAGCUCUUGAUGGUGAUUUUAUUUAUAUUAUCCCACCAGAUAGACACACACACUGGCAUGAAAAUAUCAAGACAAAGUCAAUUCAUAUUAGUCAAGUGAUAGCCGUUAAAAGAUCAAACAGGAUACCAGAAUAUUUUAAAAUUUAUGCACAGAGAGGAAAUGAAGACAUAAAAAGAUAUUAUUUUGAGGCUGUAUCUGAUGAAGAAUGUAAUGAAAUUGUUUCAAGAAUUCAAAAUCUAAUGGGUGCAUACCGUAUGAAUCACAAAAAAUAA